UAUUGUGACUUCUGUAAUGAUCUAAAAAGAAGAACUAUAAAAACCACUUUGACACGUCAGAUUUUCGUUCGCGAACUCAGGAACUUCCUGGAAAAAUCUGUUAAUAGAAGAUAUUUGGUGGAAAGUAAAUUUUUUCGUCGCAAUAAAUCAAAAAAAAAGUUUAUUAUGAGACUGAAGACAAGUUUGCUGUUAAUUUUUGUUACUACAACAGUGCUGUACCAGUUUUCCGAAGGUCUGCCUGUGACAAAAAAUAAAAAGGGUGAGAAAGAGGAAAACCCCAGCGUACCCGCUACCCCAGAUGUUGAGACAGCUUUGGAAUAUGAACGAUAUUUGAAAGAGGUUGUGGAGGCGCUUGAAAGCGAUCCAGAAUUCCGGAAGAAAUUGGACAAAGCCCCCGAAGCUGACAUACGUAGUGGCAAAAUCGCACAAGAACUUGAGUACGUUAAUCAUCAUGUGCGCUCCAAGUUAGACGAAAUAAAGCGUGAAGAGGUUGAACGCUUACGCAAACUAGUGAAUAAAGAGUUCGAGCUGGAGAAUGAUAUUGAUCGCGAUCAUUUGAAAGUAUUGCAGCACUUGGAUCAUCAUAAUGAGCAUACUUUCGAAAUUGAGGAUCUCAAAAAGUUGAUCAAGAAAACGUCAGAAGAUUUAGCUGAAGCCGAUCGCAAACGACGUGCAGAGUUCAAGGAAUAUGAAAUGCAAAAAGAAUUUGAAAAGGAAACGAAAAUAAAAAAUAUGACAGAGGAGCAGCGAAAACAGUUUGAACAAGAAGAAAAAGAGAAAGAGGAGAAGCACAAGAAACACGAAAAAGUUCAUCACCCAGGCAACAAGGCACAACUAGAAGAUGUAUGGGAAAAACAGGAUCAACUAGACAGAAAGGACUUUGAUCCACACACAUUUUUCGCGAUGCAUGACAUGGACGGCAACGGCUACUGGGAUGAGGUGGAGGUAAAAGCACUGUUCGUUAAGGAACUGGACAAAGUGUAUCAAUCAGGUCUGCCUGAGGAUGAUAUGCGUGAGCGCGCUGAGGAAAUGGAACGUAUGCGUGAGCAUGUAUUCGAAGAGACUGACAGCAACCGCGAUGGUUUGAUUAGUUACCAGGAAUUUUUGGAACAAACUAAACGCGAAGAGUUUAAUAAAGAUCCUGAGUGGGAAACAGUCGAUAAAACACCACAAUACACGCAUGAAGAGUACUUGGAAUUUGAGCGCCGCCGGCAGGAAGAGAUUCAACGCAUGAUAGCCAAUGGAGUGUUACCACCACACCCUAACAUGCCGCAAGGUUAUUAUCCAAACGGUGCGCACGACACUUAUCAGGUAAAUGGUCAACAUCAGCUGCCAGUCGGUCAGCAGCAGUAUCAUUAUCAACAACCACAACAACAGCACCUGCAGCAGCAACAACAAUACGCACAACAACAACAGCAAUAUCAACAGUAUCCACAGCAACAAUUCCAAGGGCAGCCAGUUCAUUUAAAUCCUAAUCAGGUAUAUCAAACGGUGGGUGGUCAACAACAACAUUAUCAGCAAGCACCGCAACAGCAAUAUCAGCAAUUGCCACAACAACAAAAUCAGCAAGUGCCACAGCAACAAUAUCAACAGGCUCCACAACAACAACAAGUACCAAAGCAACAACAGUAUCAGCAAGUGCCACAGCAGCAGCAGCAGCCCCAGCAACAGCCGGCCGUACCGAAUCAGCAAGCACAACAGCAACAACAGUAUCAGCAAGUGCCAAAGCAGCAGCAGCAGCCCCAGCAACAGCAACAGCCAGCCGUACCGAAUCAGCAAGCACAACCUCAACAACAACAGCCGCAACAGGCACAACAACAAGUAGAGCAACCGCAGAUGGCACCACGGCAACAACCACAACCAGCAGAUGGUGGUGCUCAAGCUUCUGUAAAUACUCAACAACAAAACAUUCCGCCGAAAUAUUAAAGCGACAAGUCUUUUGAAUAUGCUUCCGCUAUACGUUAACGUUACACAGCUGCAGUUAUUUACUAAUCAAAUAAUCAUAUACGAUCAAAACAGAUGCCGUUUUUCUCACUGGCAUAAAUCAA